AUCUGCUGUCUGUGAUCUGUAAGACGUUAUUUGUGGACGUGGAAGUAUCUAGUGUGGCAGCACCGGCGGUGCUAUGUGUGAGCAGGGAAUGCACAGAUGGUCGUCUGAAUGUUCAUGCAGAGCAGGGAGUUCUGUUCUCUGAAUCUUCUCAUGAAGCAGAAGCACAGCUUCUUUGUAUGGAGGUCUCUGGGGAACCCAAGGGACCCAACAGGACAUGUUUUUACAUCGAUGCCAGUAACAAACGAGGGCUGGCCGGAGACAUUUGGCUUUGGAGUGGGUGGCUCAGGACCUUGUUUUAUACUAUGGGUAGAGGCCGGAAGCAGCGCUCAUACAGCUGGUCUUCAGCCUGGGGACCAGAUCCUGGAGGUGGAAGGAAUGCCAGUUUCCUCGUUGAGCUGUGAGUCUUUGACACAACUAGGCCGGCAAUGCCACAACGUGCCCCCAAGUAUUGGUGUUAUUUCCCGUGUCCAGCAGGUAGAACUGGCAAGAGGGAACCAAGAGGAGCUUGGCCUCACAUUAACCAAUGGAAGACCUCUUCAAGUAGGCAGUGUUACUUCUGGGUGCCUAGCAUUCAAUGCUGGGGUUCGAACUGGGGACUUCCUUUUGGAGGUUAAUGGGAUUCCUGUAACCAACUUAUCAGAGGCGAACCAACUGCUGUCCUCAUGCGACUGGGAUACACUUCGUUUGGGCCUGCUGUGUGUGGGUCGGAGGCAGAGGCAAAGCAGGGCAUUUAGUGCUAGCGGAAAAGGAAUAGAAAGCACUUGCCAAGCACAUAAACUCAAAGCACAGGAAUUUAACAGGAAGCUCGAUGAGGUCCUUGGAGAUCAGUCGGCCUUGAAGGAGAAGGUGUUCUCUCUACUGAAGCAGUAUGCGCAGGACAGGAAGGUAGAUACCUUGGCAAAUUCUCUUUCCAUGAUCCUCACUCAGGAGUCCCACCAUCUUCUGAUUGACAACAUCAGGAUUUUUAUCCCAAAGAAGCACCGGCAGCGAUUUGAUAAUGUGGUGUCUCAGAGCCUUAUCAGUAAGAUGUGCCGCUCCCGGAGCGACCGCAGUAACCGCCUGCGUAGGAGUCGGAGUGAAGAUCACCAUGAGAGGCUGCUGGUCUCUACCCGGGCUGCCCCAAUACCACAAAGUCAGGACGAAGGAGGGCGGGGACUGAGGAAGAGCACCUCACUCAUCGCCAGCAGUGUGGGCACGGGGAAACCACAAAGGACGGUGCGGGUCUGUAAAGGCAGCAGCAGCUUUGGCUUCACAUUACGCGGCAAUGCCCCUGUGUGGAUUGAAUCAGUUAUCCCAGGUAGCCCUGCAGAUGCGGCUGGACUGCAAGCUGGAGAUAGAAUUCUGUUCCUGAAUGGUCUGGACAUGAGAAACUGUUGCCAUGAGAAGGUGGUGUGUAUGCUGCAGGGCAGUGGCGCGAUGCCCACCCUGGUGGUGGAAGAGGGCAGCGUAACGUACUGUGCAGAAACGGAUUCAGAAGCACCCGUCCCAAAUUCUGCUCUCACCUCCCUCCAGUGGGUGGCAGAAAUUCUCCCCUCCAAUAUCCGCAUCCAAGGCCGGACCUUCAGCCAGCAGUUGGAACAUCUGCUCACUCCCACCGAGCGAUACACUGUAUGCAAAGCAUUAGAGAGCUUCUUUCAGCACAGGACCAUUGACACGCUAAUAGUGGAUAUAUACCCAGUCCUGGAUACCCCUGCCAAGCAGAUCAUUUGGCAGUUCAUCUUCCAGUUGCUGACGUACGAGGAACAAGAACUCUGCCAGCAGAAGAUUUCACGCUUCCUGGGGUACAAGGCAGCUGCCGUGGAAGCUGAGAUGGUGGCACCACCACGAGGGUCCGUCCAUGGACUAACAUCCUAUCAGAGCAUUAUACAUUCCUCAGGCACGGAAGAUGGGAGAUCAAGUGACUCCAGUUCAGGAGCGCCGUGUGAGCCUGUUGAGAUUGCACCCCGUGUGACUUCAGGAGAGCGACAAGCAGGAGAUGGCACAUCACUGCCAGAGACCCCCAAUCCAAAAAUGAUGUCUGCAGUUUAUGCUGAGUUAGAAAAUCGUUUCCUCAACAACUUCCAAGGGAAAGUAAGCAGCAUGAAGUCUCAUGGCUCUUGCAACCUCUCUCAGAGGGCAGGCAGGGGGCAGCGUAGGUUGGCACAGGGCCCCCUGUGGCAGCGCACAGGGCCCCCCUCUGAACCAUGCCCACCAAGGCCACCCAGUGCUCCAUCUCCCAGCAGUUCAGAGUCCAACCCUUAUGUGAGCCUUGAUGGAAGCUUGCCCUCGUCCCCGUCACACAGAAAGAUCUUUACUUUCUCACGGGCCAGCCGCUCAAGAGACACAGACCGGUUCCUGGACGCCCUCAGCCGGCAGCUUGGACAGAAUCUAACCUUUACUGAUCAGUUCAUGACCCCUGAGAAUGACUAUGAAGAGAUGAGCUUUCAGGAUGACCAGUACAGCUGUGCCACCCGAGAUAUCAGCACAGCCAGUGAGUCUGCAAGCAGCAGCGAGGAUGGGAGCUCCCUCACCUACUCCUCUGUGUCUGACCUUGUCCCUCCUCCUCCUCACAGCCCACCACCGCCACCUCCUCCUUCCCAGCCUCACCCCUCCAGGGGAGACAUCAAACCUCCUCCGGAGGAAUCCAAUGCAGCCCCCAACUCCUUUAUGCGUAGUAAAAAAAGUAGUGCAAACCCAUUACCCCCUGCCCCUCCACCUUUACCCAAUCCUCUCAUUCCACCUGCGCCUCCUUUGGCACCCCUGACCCAUCGCAACAUGCAUAGAAGAAGUGACUCCAGCCAUAUGAGUGUGAAAAGACUGCGCUGGGAGCAGGUGGAAAACUCAGAAGGGACCAUAUGGGGACAGCUUGGGGAAGAUUCCGAUUAUGAGAAACUGAGCGACAUGGUGAAGUACCUGGAUUUAGAGUUGCACUUUGGCACCCAGAAACCAUCACUCCUGCCUGUGUUGCCAGAAUCCAUGAAAAAAAAAGGUGCUGUUGAAAUUCUGUCUCACAAGAAAGCCUACAACACAGCCAUCCUAAUUGCACACUUGAAACUAACGCCCUCAGAGCUACGUCACAUCCUGAUGAUCAUGGAGAAUGAGCGCUUGGAGCCUUCACACAUAAAGCAGCUGCUGCUAUUUGCACCAGAUGAAGAAGAGAGGCAACAAUUUGAGGCCUACAUGGGCAGUCCCAACAAGCUUAGCGAGCCAGACCAGUUUGCACUGCAGAUGAUGUCUGUCCCAGAAUACAAGAUGCGCCUACGAAGCCUACUGUUCAAGAGCACCCUGCAGGAGAAGACGGAGGAGAUCAGAGCCAGCUGCGACUGCAUCCUAAAAGCCUCUUCAGAGCUCAAAAACAGCAAGAAACUGGCCAAGAUUUUGGAGUUUGUUUUAGCUAUGGGGAACUAUCUGAAUGACGGACAGCCCAAAACCAACAGAACAACUGGAUUCAAGAUCAAUUUCCUUACAGAGCUAAACACCACCAAGACAGUAGAUGGAAAAUUCACCUUCCUGCACAUUCUCGCCAAAUCCCUCAGCCAGCAUUUCCCCGAGCUGCUGAGCUUUGCCAAGGAUCUCCCUACUGUGCCUCUCGCUGCCAAAGUUAAUCAGAGGUCUGUAACGGCUGAUCUGAGCGACCUCCACGUAACUAUUCAGGAGAUAAAAAGUGUCUGCAGCCGGAUGCCCAGCUCCCAAGAAGACAUGUUCUCUCUUACCAUGAGUACCUUUCUAGAGAACUCCUUCCCUUGUAUGCAAACACUGGACACAUUGCAGCACAGGGCAUUAGAAGAUUUCUUUAAAGUGUGCUUAUACUUUGGAGAAGACCCAAAGACCACCACCACAGAAGCUUUCUUUGGAAUCUUUGCAGAGUUCAAGAGCAAGUUUGAGAAAGCCUUUAAUGACCUUCAGGCUGGUGAGCCUCAGUUGCUCCAAGGGAAUUCUUGCACACCGAUGUGGUAACAACGCUGCCCCUUAUGGCUGAAUUAUAAUCCUUUGAAUCCUCCUGUCCUGGUUCAUCAACAGCUGCCCCUAAAAAACUGCCUGACAUUAGCACCGGGAAGAUCAAAGGCCGUCAGGAAGUAAUGGAGAAGAACUGGUUGUAGAUGGAAAUGAGACAUUCCAAACCCAGUAGCUGGCAAAUGUUCUGUAACCCCCUUCAGUGCCAGAGAUACUUGCCAUGCGUGUUUGUUUUAGCAAUAAGUCCUUGUUAAUCUAGAAGACACAGCGGUGGAAAGCAAGACAAGAAACUCAUAAGACAUUGUAUAGAUCAGUGCUGUACAAGUUUUCCCAUGCCUUGGGCCAGUUAUCUUCUAUUUCGCAUGUUUGGGGGCCAGAAUAUUAUAAAACAAUGAUGUCAUCUAUGGAGAUCUUGGGCAUGUGGGGGGCCAUUAAAAUAUUUUGGAGGACUUUAUCUGUCCAUGGGCCUCCAGUCGGACAAAAGGCUAUUUAAGUCCAAUGAUGAAAAGUGGGAAUUGGUCUGUUCAUCUGAAUUCCGCUUAUCUCCGCUUUAGUCCCACUACUCUGUUUGCACAGCCAUCACACUGCUGUUCCGCGGAUGUGGCAGUGGUCUGUACAGUAGAUAGAGCUGUGCAGCCGUUGGUAACAUGAUCAAGAAGGAAAAUAUUGAGAUGGGAUUUUACACUGGAAACAAAUAUUUAUUGUUUUUAUUUAUUUUGCAGAUGUAAAUCACUGCAAUAAAGAGACAAGUAUUUAAUACAAAUAGAACUAUUUA